AUGUUAUUGCUUUUUGUGUUUGUGGCGGUAUGCUUCGGGAUAUCAUUUGAUGACGAUUUGGAAAACCUCGAGGAGUUAUUUGACAAUGACGAGUUUGAAGAUUGUGACGAUUUUGAUAUAGAAAAUUAUGAUGAAACCGACGAUUUUAGUGAGUUUGAGUUACAUGGAUUUAUGGACAAUUUGAAAAGCAAAGUAAGUGAACUAUCAAACAGUCAAGUUUCAAAAGCGACUAAGAAAGGUGAUGACGACGAAGACGAUAAGUAUAAAAUUAACAAAUACAAUCAACACUUUGGGUAUGGCAGACGAUAUGGAUAUUUCAUGGCACGACAAUACGAAGGAUAUUAUCCCGGAUAUCCACAUGUAUACCACAAAUUAUCGUACUAA